CGCACGUCAGAGGCUCCGAUAUUACCGGCAGCGGCAGUCGAUAACGAACCAUUCCUACUGUGCCGUAUAGUGUGCGUUCAAAGCAAGUGGCGGUAUGUCUUCCACCAUCUCCAAGCUGUCGAGGGCGGUGAGCCUUCUCUCGCCGAAAUCGCCUAAUUUCGCCGCACCUGUUUACGUCAAGCACCAGCGAAACUAUUCUUCUGGAAAACGAAUUGAAGUGAAAAAGCCUGUGGUAGAUCUAGAUGGAGAUGAAAUGACACGUAUAAUAUGGGCAAAAAUUAAAGAAACGCUGAUACUUCCAUAUCUGAAGGUGGAGAUAUUGUACUAUGAUCUGGGAUUGCCUCACAGAGAUGCCACUAAUGAUCAAGUUACUAUUGAUGCAGCGCAUGCUAUUCUGAAGCACAAUGUUGGAAUCAAAUGUGCUACUAUUACCCCUGAUGAGGAACGUGUCAAAGAAUUCAAUUUGAAGAAAAUGUGGCUCAGUCCAAAUGGAACAAUCCGUAACAUUCUGGGUGGAACAGUUUUCCGUGAACCAAUAAUUUGCAAGACAAUUCCACGGAUAGUUCCAGGUUGGAAAAAUGCCAUUGUGAUUGGCAGACAUGCUCAUGGUGACCAGUACAAAGCAAAAGACUUCGUUGUGUCCAAACCAGGAACAGUUGAAAUGGUGUACAGGAGUAAUGAUGGGGAAACCACGACCAUAGAACUUUUUGAUUACAAGGGUCCAGGCAUUGCCAUGGGAAUGUACAAUACAGACGAAUCUAUCAAAGCCUUUGCACAUUCAAGCUUUCAAGUGGCAUUACAGAAGAAAUGGCCGCUAUAUCUCUCUACUAAGAAUACAAUCUUAAAAAGAUAUGAUGGUCGCUUCAAGGAUAUCUUUCAGGAGAUUUAUGAUAAGGAGUACAAAGCUGAAUUUGAGAAAAACAAGAUCUGGUAUGAGCACAGACUAAUUGAUGACAUGGUAGCACAAGUUCUGAAAUCGAGUGGUGGCUUUGUAUGGGCAUGCAAAAACUAUGAUGGAGAUGUGCAGUCAGAUAUAGUUGCACAGGGAUAUGGUUCUCUUGGUCUUAUGACUUCAGUUCUCAUGUGUCCCGAUGGCAAAACUAUUGAGGCAGAAGCAGCACAUGGGACAGUCACAAGGCACUACAGGUUACAUCAGAAGGGGCAGCCUACAUCUACAAAUCCUGUAGCAUCAAUUUUUGCUUGGACACGGGGACUGAGCCACCGUGCAAAGCUUGACAAUACUCCAGAACUAGCAAGGUUCAGUGAAAAUCUUGAGGCAGCAUGUGUUGACUGUAUAGAUAGUGGCAAAAUGACCAAAGAUCUGGCAAUUUGUAUUCAUGGAAUGCAGAAUGUGAAGGAAGGCAUGUACCUACAUACAGAAGAUUUCUUGGACGCCAUUGCAGAAGAACUGAAACACAAAAUGGGCAGUAAAUGAAACAACUUCUAGGAACAUAAUUUCACAACCAUAACAAAAUACAAAUGUACUUUAUCUCCAAUGACAGAUGUGGCAAAUAUAAUUAAUCAGCAUACUUGUAUGCUGCUUGCAGUAAACAUGCAUUUCUAAUUCCAUCCACGCAGUAAAAAUAUGAAAUGAAACUGAAGUGCAAAAGAUGUGCUGUUUAACAUCAAACAUAGUAUACACAGUUUCUUUUACUCUUCCAGUUCCCCCAUAGGCCUGCUCAAUACUAGUCAAAUGCAGAAUGAUAAUGAAUGUGUACACAACAAAAUUUGCUAGAGUUCUGCUACUUGUAGUUAAAUCGGAUUGCUAAUCCUCGUUGCAAACUUGGAAUUGCAGUAAAAUUUUUGGAAGAAUAUCUUCUUCAGUUCUGUUUUAGCUUUUGUAUGUGAUAGUAUCAUUGUCUGUAAAUUAUUAGCCUUAGAUUGUGUGCCAGUUGUUAUUUAAGUAUAAGAUGGCACAAAAUCUCUAUGUGAAAGUUCAAAAUGGGGACCACUUUCUUGGCUAUAUGAUGAUCAUGCCAUAAGAAGGUACAAAGAACAGAUACUGUUGACAGUCACUAUGUACAGAAUUUGUUUUGUGAAACUGCUUAUAAUGUAUUGAGCAUGUUCUGUGUGUGUCUCAUAACUUAUUUAAAUUUUAUUUAUAUUCAUGAUUCUCAUUGACAUUGGAGCAUUAAUUUUUCAGCUGUAGAAAAUCUCUGCAGGUGAUAUGAACAGUAUUCAAAUUCAUCUAUAAAAUAGUCAUGUGUGUUCAGAUGUCUGAAAUACUCAUCAUCAUCUCCAUACUGGAACUUUGUAA